UUUUAAAGGUGCCCAAGGUGUGCUAUAUUUAUCUGUUUGUAAUGUUAAUGUGUUUCGUUGUAAUCAUAUUGGUCUCAGYGUUUURMCUAUGAUCCUAUAAAGACUGAUGUUCUGUCACCAAUUUUGACUAUAUCAAAAGACUGGUGAYUAUGGCAUGAAACAGUCAACUAACUAAUUGUAUUUCACACUUGUUGACUAUUCAGUUUUCUUACAAAUUAUGGUUAAUAAAAUAAUCAAUUAAGCAUUACGACACAUGACUUAUUAAACAAAUUCAAAGAUAACAUUGGCAAAGCUUGGCCCUAAUUGUGUCAUGUAUACUACUGAUAAUUUAUCUUUCAACAUGUUCUAGURUGCUGUAAAACGUGCCCUUCGAUCAGUACUACUUCUGAAGGAACGCAGUUGACAAGUAGGCGGUGACGUAGUGCACACGUGCUCGGAAGUAAGCAAGGAAAACGUCAUGUCUUUCUCUGGCGAGCUGUUUGUYUGGUGAUAGCACUGGCUUCGUAUUGGAAAUUAUAUUUUGGGAGUACUUAUCAUGGAAACAUACAAAAYGUGUUUGUGCUGUUCGCUCAUCUAAGACGAACCGUUUGCAAGUGAAGUGCGCGAGCGUCAAGAUAGAGUGGUGCAGGUGCACGAGCCAACACGCACAUGCAACSUCUGCAGUGAGCAUUUAGCACUACAUUAUUUAGCUAUAACCUCGAAAGUUUGCCAGCUACUUUAAAAAAAAAAACGUUAGCAAGUUACCUGGCUAGCUACUGCAGUAUAUAACUAUACUGUAGACACAUUUUGUAGUGGUCAUGAAUGAAAACCACUCAUUAAUAUUUUGAGGAGAGGAGUAGGCCUACCCGACACAAUAUUGCAUGUCAACAACAUGGCAUUCACCAGCCUUUUUUCAAGUCUUCCAAACAAAGAAUUUGACACGACGCCUUGUGAGCCGAUGGAGAGAUUUCAAAGRGAUGAAAGACCACUGGAAACAGUUCAACUGGAGAAGAAGAACGAAAGGGAUGCCCAGUCCAGAAAGUGGCCAUUGCAAAGGGGUCAACAGAGUGGCCCCAGGAAGAGGAAAAAGGGGGACCAACAGGAGCAGUGUGGCCAGGCCAAGAAAAGUAAGCUUCAUAAAUGCCCACCACAAUCCUAUAAAGACUUUGACUCUGUGCCCCGAGACUACAACGUGGUGAAGUGUGAUUUCGAGCAACCAGGCUUUGAUUUCAGUAGAGAACUGGACUUCUACAGUGAUAGCAAGGAGGGUGCAUCCCCAGGUCAUGCUACAGAGAAGUCGGGUUGGAAGAACAUGAGGCCCGGAGAAGCCAAGGAUCCUGAUCAGAAGGAUGUUCAAGGUGUAAACAAGAAGAAAGGACAGGAGCAGAAGAAGCAGCAAUGGGAGCCUCAGCAGCAGAGACUUGACAACCAGGCCAAAGGCAGAGGGGGAAACUCUGCCAGGAGGGGUGGGGAUUUGACUGGAAUGGGUGGACGCGGAACUAACCAGCCCAGAGACUUCUCCAACAGGGGUGGAGGUGGUUCCAACAGGGGUGGAGGUGGUUCCAACAGGGGUGGAGGUGGUUCCAACAGGGGUGGAGGUGGUUCCAACAGGGGUGGAGGUGGUUCCAACAGGGGUGGAGGUGGUUCCAACAGGGGUGGAGGUGGUUCCAACAGGGGUGGAGGUGGUUCCAACAGGGGUGGAGGUGGUUCCAACAGGGGUGGAGAGUGGAGCAAUAGAGGCCGGGACUGUGACAAGAGGGGCAGUUUUCUCCAAAGAGGUGAUUGGUCAAAGCGAGGCACUGACCGGUCACGUAGUGGUGGACGACAGUUCCCAGAUGAUGGACGUUUAACACUGGAAACUUUGACAGGAAAGGGGAAGAAGAACAUGACAAAGGAAUUCAAAGACCAGAAUGCUUUGGAGAUUGACGGAAGGUUAAUCUGCCGACAUUUCCUCAGGGGAAAUUGCAUCAAGGGUGAUGACUGCCAGCUAGAACAUGCUCUGGACGUCAACUACUCGAUCAACGAAGUGUGUAAAUUCUACGUCCAGGGAUCCUGUUCGAAAGGAGAGAGCUGCAUAUACAUGCACAAGAGUUUCCCCUGCAAGUUCUUCCAUACUUACGAGAAGUGCUGCCAAGGAGACCAGUGCAGGUUUUCCCAUGAACCCCUGACUGAGCUCACCAAACAGCUACUGGAGGCAGCAUUGAAGAGGGACAAGGACAUUGAGGAACUGGCUAAAAAGGACAAGCCAAUCAGCAUGGAGGAGUCAGUGGUCACAAAGGAGUCGGCGACAGCUGACGAGACAAAGCCUGUCAUUGACAUAUUCCUGAAUCCCCUAAGGCCAAACUUUUACAACAGCUCAUGCCCCUCUGAGCCACAUGCUGAGGAAAGUACCCCCGUGUGUCAGAAUGAAGUGUCAGCUGAGGUCGUGGAGAAGGAAAUUGCCCCUCCUACAGAGUCCAUUCGGUCUCCUGAUCCUCCCCCAAGCUCUCCUGGCUUUAAGGAACCAGUUUCUUAUUCAGUUGAGGCGGUUCUUGGGUCCCAUAGGCCCCUGGAAAAACCCUUCCGCAGCUUCUUUGCAGCCUCUAUCAGCCAGACCUCACAGACCCAACCAGAUCCCCCCACAACUACAUUAGUUCCUCCAGACUCUAUCCACCCUCGUGAUCCACCCCUAAACUCUACAUGCGGCAAGAGAAAUGUUCCUUAUUCAGUCAAAGCUGUGCUUGGAUUCCAGAAGCCUGUAGAAAAACCCUUCUGCAGCCAAUUUUCAGGAUCCAUCAACCAGACCUUCACACCCCCCACACAGAUCCAUUCAGAUCCCCCCAGCACUACAUUCGUUUCUCCAGACCCCAUUAGUUUGUCUGUUCCUCGUCUGAAUAAGAGGCAGGCUUCUUAUUCAGUUGAGGCUUUCUCAACGGCCCAGAAGCCGGUGAAAAAAACCUUUUGCAGUCUCUUUGCAGGACCGAUCAGCCAGACCUCUACUAGACCUCUCAUACAGAACUCUGCUAAUUCUCCCAUCAACACCCCAGGCUGUAAGAGACCAGCUUCUUAUUCAGUUAAGGCUGUUCUAAAGUCCCACCAGCCUGUGGAAAACCCCUCCCGCAGCCUUGUUGCAGGCCCCAUCACCCAGUCCUCUCGCCACUCUGAUAUACAGACCCAACUAGAUCGUCCUAGCACUACAUUAAAUCCUCCAGACUCCAUUAUGCCCCUCGAUCCUCCUUCAGGCUAUAAGAGGCUGGCUUAUUAUUCAGCUAAAGCUGUGCUUGGUUCUCCUAAACCUUUGAAACCAUCCUUCAGCAGCCUCUUUGCAGGCCCCAUCAGCCAGACCUCUCCCCAACCUCCCACUCAGACCCAAGCAGAUUCCUCUAGCGCUACAUUUGGUCCUUCAGACUCUGCUCCUCCUCCAGGCUGUAAAAGGCCGGCUUCGUAUUCUGUUACGACUGUGCUUGAGACCUAUAAGCCUGUGGAAAACCCCUUCCGCAGCCGUUUUGCAGGAACCAUCAGCCAGACCACUCCCGACCCUCCCUCACAGUCCCUAAACUCCCCAGGUUGUAAGGCACCAGCUUCUAAAAAGCCCAUGGAAAAACCCUUCCGUAGCUUCUUUGCAGGCCCCAUCAGCCAGACACCCACUAACCACCCUCCCAGACAGACCCGACCAAAUCCCCCCAUCACGGCAUUUGGUCCUCCAGACCCCAUUCGGUCUCCUGAGCCUCUUCCAGUCUGCAAGAGACGGACAUCCUCAGUUGAGGCUGUCAGUGAGACCCAGAAGUCCAUGGAAAAACCAUUUCGUAGCCUCUUUGCCGGCCCCCUCACACAGACCUCUACUGCCGGCCAUCCAACACAGACCCAACCACAUCCCCCUAGAAAUUUCACUGGUAAAAGACCAGCUUAUCAUUCACUUGAGGCUAUGCUUGAGACUCAGAAGCCAGUGGGAAAACCCUUUCGAAGCCUUUUUGCAGGCCCCAUCAGCCAGACAACCCACCCUGACCCUCCAACACAGACCCGGCCGUAUCCCCCCAUCGUCGAGCCUAAACAGGAGGAGCCUGACCCAACACCAUUCACCGAGCCGUCCACAACCCAUUCUGUUCUGAGGACCCUCUUCCUACGCCUGAGCCCAUGCCGCCAGGAGGGGGAGCAGGAAAUCAGUAACAGCUGCAAAGAUCCAGGAGGCGAUGGCCUGUGUUCCAGUGAAGAUGAAAUCACCAGAGGAUCUACUUCCACAGGAGAGCAGAGCCAGAAGGUUGAUGAGCUGGAGAGUGAGCGAGAGGAGCCGGAUGAGCUGUUGGUGGUUCCAUUAGAACCGUUAGUGCCUUACGUGCCACUUGGUGACCCUCGCCACCAUCGCCAGGCUGAUAUCACCCUGCCACGGUCCACCUUCGCCCAGGACGUGGUGUGGUCCUUUGAAGACCUUGCCCCUCUUCCUCCCCUCUCACUCCAUCACCAGCCGUCUGUCCCUCUGGCCUCCCGCUCUUCUGAGAGAACAUCAGGUCCUGCUGUUGGACUGUCAGGUCCUGCUGUUGGACUGUCAGGUCCUGCUGUUGGACUGUCAGGUCCUGCUGUUGGACUGUCAGGUCCUGCUGUUGGACUCAGGCCACAGACAUCCUCACAGGACUCCAACUCUCAGGAGGCUGCAGGAGAGCUUCUCAUUCCCUCCAGGAAUUCAGAUAGGAGACAGGUCCAGGUGGGUACCCCCGGCGUUCACAACCUACCAAUCCAAGCGAUGGUACGGAUCACUCGACGUAACACUGAUGUACAACCAAAGAGACUGUCUGGACAAAUGAGGUGCAAAAGUGGCAACGUGGGUGACACAAAAACACUGAAAGACCUUUUUAAGACCUUUGACCCCACAUCAUCUCCCUUCGGACAGUAACUGCAUUUGGACUAUGGUUCAUAUUGUAUGCGCUGUCGGUCAAUGGACUACGCACCUAAAGACUUACACAAACACUUGUCCUUCAUAUGAAUGCUUUUGCUCUAGUGUAUUUUCCUGCUAACAGAUCAGAACAGCAAUUCAUUGCAAUAAUGAUUGUGUAAAAUGCAGGACACCAAUUAUGCGCACACACACAAAACCCUCCUUAACUCCAUUUGAUAAAAAGUGUUACUCCCAUUGAUAUCUUUACUUAGCAACAGCUAAUGUUACUGUUGAAUUGUCAGCCUAGUCUGUCUCGGUGUGAAUUGUUUUGGGAUUUUCUUAGAUGAGGCAUGUUGAUGUUUUUUACAGAAUAAAUCAUCAAUCAUGUACAUUUUUAAGGUAAAAAAAACGAAUUAGAUUUUAUUUAAUUUUUAUUAAAGCAGAAAGUAACCUAUUUGUAACAAUUAUCCAGUAAACUCGUAACAACUAACCGUCGCCUUCUUCCUCCACUCCUGCUGACUACAUUUCCUUUUAUUUGAUGAGUGAACAAUGGUUAUUACUCAAUCAACUGAUUCUUAUUCCCGUUGUGGAAAAUGUCAUUAUUUAAACUAAUGCCGCACCAGUUCUGCUCUGCAUGUAGUGCUUUUCUUUUCUUAUAGUUAGGUGCAGUGCUGUGAAAGUAUUUGCCAACCCUUUCCUCUACUUUUUCUUUUUUCUUUUUAUAUACUGAAUGUUUUCAGAUCUUCAACCAAAACCUAAUAUUAGAUAAAGGGAACCUGAGUUAAUAAAUAACAGAAUUACACCUUAUUUCAUAAACAAAGUUAUGCAACACCCAAUGCCCCAGUGUGACACCCAAUGAAUUACUCUUUUCUUCUUUUUUUUACCUUUCAGGCGUAAUCACAUUGAGUGAUUUUCCUGGUUCUGUGGUCAGGUCAGACUAUAUUAAUUUAUUUAGCAGUUAUUCUCUACGGGGACGAUUCCGACCCAAGUUAAACGCACGUAACUCAAACUUAAUUCCCUUUAAUGCACUUCUCUCUCUGCAUAUUCUGACCUUUAACUUAAGCAUGAGAACAGCAGGCUAUUUACUUGCUAUUCGUUCGGAGUGGAGAUCUAAGACUUUAAGGUGAGGAGGUGUGUCAACUUGUAAGUCGCUCUGGAUAAGAGCGUCUGCUAAAUGACUUAAAUGUAAAUGUAAAGAUGUGCUGUAUUCUGACCUUGACUUAAUUCCACCAUCUUUACGUGUGAGGAAACGUGUAAAAGGUCGAGCGAACCUGCCAGUUUUAAGUGGGAAAAUGUUUUUUUUUGUCAAUAGAAAUAAGUGUUCUCCAUCCACUGUAAUUAUGAGUUGAUAAGAGCUAGGUAAAUGAGUCAUCCGCUUUGAGACAUGGCAAUUGUUUUAGAUGAUUUUUCCCUAUGAUCACUGGAGACUAAUGUGAAAUCACUCAUAUGGAAGCAAACUGAAAAUCAUGUCAACAUGAUUAUUGUGUUGCGGCAGCUUUUUCCACAAUAAAAUGCUCUGCUGUUAUUCACAAUUGUAAUUGGAGACCCAAACUUUAUGCCGUAAGUCCACCAGAUGCAUCCAACUCUUUGCGUUUCGGCAGAAGUCAUUAUUGUCAAAGGAGCAGUCCGCAACGCUAUGUUGGGGGAGCCGUGCUAGGCUGCGGUGCGUUCUGUGUACUUCAUGCGUUAUAUUUAACACAGACUCCAAGUAGCUAGCUUUUAGCUAGUUGAAAAGCAAAGCAUGUGUCAGGAACGGAAAAUGCGGCAUAGACAUCUGGUAUAACAAAACUCAUAUGCAUCUGGAAUUAGGCUUCUAAGGCUAAACCAGAGUUUCUGUACUGUAUACACUUUAGAAUUUGUUAAAUACAGUGCCUUGAAAAAGUAUUUGGCUCCCAUCACUUUUUCACAUUUUAAGUCUCACAGCCUUGGAUUUUGAUGCAUUAGAUUGGGAAGUUUUAUUUGAGUCACAUUCUCCAACACAAAUAAAAUGGUAAACAAUAAAAUAA